UACUUCCUCAAACAACAGCGAGCUAACGUCCAAUCAAACAAGACCACAGUUUUGAAUGUGAGCCGAUACCGAAAAACUACAGCACCGAUACCAAUCUAUUGGGCCCCGGUUCACCAUUUGGGACUUUAUCCUUUUUUUGGCUCAUCGUCACCUUUGAAACCCCAGCGACCUUUUUAUCUUCCACAGUUAUUUCAUGGGAACCCAGGAGGGAGAGAGAAACUGGGUUGAUGUGGCAAACAAUCUCCUCAGCAGGUGUAACGUAAACCUUAGGGUGGGGGUGCUGUCGGACUGCAAUGCACAUGUUUUCAUUACUUUAUACGAGAAGAUCCUCGGAGAGACGGUUCCAGAUUUUAUUAAAUCGCCGAGCAGUCUGGAAGAUGAGGUCCACAAUGUUCAAUCUGUGAUUGACUCUCUGUCUCUGGAUUACCUUCAGAUCAGCCUCUCCCACAUCACAGGAGAAAAUGUGGUGAGAGGAGACAAAGAGUCGAUCAAGAACCUCCUGGAAAUCUUCGAUGGUCUCCUGGAAUACCUCAAUGAGGAGUCACAGAAUGGCGAUGAACUCAAUGACCCCCAAAGUGGAGAUGAAGCGGAUAAAAACAAGAAGCCAUCGAAGGAGCCACAGCAGGAGGAGACGGCGGUGUCACCCGGUGCAGAAAACACUGAGGAGGCUGGAUCGGCCUGUGGGCUCGACGGUUUUGGAGGCUCUGAUCAAAUAUUCACUAACAAACAAGAAGAAGAACCCGCUGUCCCUCCAGAAACAUCAGACAGUGUCACAGGUCCGGUUGACAAUGGGAGAGCUCCACACAGUCAACAGAUCUAUUCAGCCAUCCCGUUACAGCCACCCAACCAGUCUGACACCCCCCACUCUGUCCCUGACGUCGCCCCCCAGUCCCCCAGCUGUCCCCUAACAGCUGCUCCCCUCAUCCAAGGACCUUCAGAGGAGGAAACGCCUGAGCCAGCACAGGCUGAGAACGCUAACAUGGUAACAGAGAGCCUGACCAACGGAGUGUUGUCCCCCACACCAAGCUCGUCACCCGCUGAAAGUGAGGAAUCUCUUUCUAGUCCGCAAAGAAGUGAGACAGAAAUGGAAGGAGAGACUCUGGAGCCGUCUAAUGGAGGUCCAAGGAGGGUUUUAUUUCGCACCCAGCCAGAUGUGCUCUUUCUCACCCUGCAGGAUGAGGGGGCGGCCGCCACGCCUUCACCACCAGACACUGAGGAGGACGAGGAAGAUCUGAGUUAUACACAACGAUUUAGGGAAAGAGGAAGAAGUCACAGAAAACAGACAGACAUUCGCAGCAGGACGGUACCAGAAAGUUCAAAAGAGUCUCUGGCUAAUCGGAGGAGAAGGAACAAGGAAGCAGAGGAGGAGUUGCACCACAUAUCUGAGAAGCUCUCUCUGCGGCUGGAGGAACUGGAUCUGAUGCUGAAACGAGUUCUGGGAGAAAGUGAUGAGUCCAGUGAAACGAGGGAGGCGGACAGGCAGUCCGGCUGCAGUGACGGCAUCAUGGAGGGUCAGAGGACUUUAAGACAACGCAUAGGCUCACCUGAUCUGCAAUCCACUGAGCAAACACGCUCUGCGUCACCUUCUCCUCCUCGCGAUCCUAGCUCCUUACACGGACAGCUAGAGGAAGCCAUUGCAGAGGCUUUGAGCCUGGAUGACGGGAGACAGACUAACCUCCAAGUUACUGACCCUUUAAAACAGGGAGAGUCACACUUCAGGCCGCCUCGGAGAAAUUACAACCAGCAUCUGGAGAAUGAAGCUUAUGAAGAGGAGCUGAGGGGAUAUGAAGAGAGAGAGCGGACAAAACUACACAAAGCCCGCCUCAAUGCUCAGAAGGCUGAGCAAGAGUACAGGGAGGCCAUCCUACGAGAUGUUUCCCCAUCAUCCAGACCGUCUCCCAGCAAAACAAAGACGCAACGUAAAAAAACACGAACAGCACAACCAGUCGCACAAAAAAGCCUCGACGGCCCCAAGAAAGCUCCAUCAUUGAGAAUAAAAGAGAAUGAACUUCUCCCUUUGCUGCGGGAGGAACUGCCUCACCUUCAAGUCUCUCCUCAUGCUUUGGGCCGAAUGUGGGAGCAGCAAAUGCAGCAGGUGGACAGACUCCGUGCUUCAUCCUCCUCGCACAGUCCACAUCACUACAAACUCUCCAAGCAGUUGGAGGAAGCUCAGAGGAAACAUGACCUGCUGGUGGAUCUCGUGCAUAAAGACCAGGACCACAGCAGACGUCUGCGGGAUUUCAAAGAGCGCAUCCAGCAGCAGAAGUCUGUGCAGAACAGACUGAGGGAGCAGAGGCAGCAGGUCGCCCGAGCUAAGAAAUACCACAACGACUACCAUGUUCAGCACAGCGCCCGCCUCAUGAGGGCUCGCACUAAGGAGGAGAAGAUGUUUCGGCAGCUCUUUGAAGAAGGUCUGCAGUUACAGAAGCUCAGAGUGAGGGAGCAGAGAGCCUACGCCAAGGAGCAGCGACUGGAGCAUCAGAGACGACACCAGGAUCAGAUCGAGUCCUUGGAGAACUACUACAAGGAUCAGUUUUCACUACUUGCUGAAAAACUUGCAGAGGAGCGGCAAGAGAUCCAGGCUCGGAAAAAAGCUCAAGAAAAGGCUCUGCUGAAAAUGAAGCGAGAGCUGCGUUCUCGGAUGGAGCGGGAAAUUAGGGACCUACAGAGAAUCAUCAUCCAGAACGAUGAGGACGACUACUUCCAGGAUCUAGAGGUCCAGAGGCUGCGGAGCAGAGUGAACAUGGCUUCCUUCCAGUACAACACCAGCUAUCUACACUGACCAGGAAAACCAGAGCAGUGCAGGUCCAAAUCUGGGAUUAUAUCUACAUCCGCGGAAAGACUUGCAGCAGAUUACUGUAAUUCAGAACCAACGGUACAAGAAUCUAACGCACAAACCUUCUCAGGCCUCUUUUUUUUUUUUUGAUUUGCACAGAAGAGAACGUGACGAGUGUGAGAACGCAAUCUUAAAUUUUAUUAAUGAAUUUCACACACUGACAAAAUGUAGCUUUAGCUCAUGUAGCUAACUCUUCCUCCCUUCUGCUGCUACUCCUGAACUUCAGACGUCUUGGACCAAGUCCUCCUCCAUGUCCUCCUCCUCCUCG